GGCCUGUUCACCACAUGAUGAUGAUAGUACUGCCAAUUUUCCAUCACGCAACGCGGUUCAACAGCCAACCACCAGAAUAUCGACAGAAACGGAGGGAUUUCUGUACAAGUUUACAACAGUCACCGAUUGCCCACAAUUGAAAUCGACCAUAGAUCAUUUCUCCUGCACUCUUCACCUGAUCAGACUCCCAAAACAAUCAAGAUGGCAGCGGCGAUGAAGCUGGUUGUCGGUGGCUUCUUGUCCGCUGUCGUGGACGGUGCAGCCACCAAGGCCGUUGCAUGCCUCGAGAGCAACUAUGGCAUGCCAGAGCGCGCCAAGGAGCUGCUGAGAGAGCUGGAGACCAGGCUCACCGUGGUGAAGGCCGUAUCCGAGGCGGCGGACAACCGGCUCAUCACCAACACCAACCUGGUCCAGUGGCUGAAGCGCCUGCACGCAGCGGCUCAGGAAGCCGAGAAUGCCCUCGACGAAUUUGAGGUCGAAGAGGCGAGCAUCACAGGCAAGCGCAAGGUGAGCGAGCUCAUGGUGUCGUCUCUCAGGUCUCUGAAAAGUUUGGUCAUCCCUGAUAACGGCAUGGGAAGGCUGGAGCAUGUGGUGAGAACCCUCGCCCAGCUCUGUGAAAGCUCGGCCACUUUUGUUGAGCUUCUCAAGAUGGAUGAUUCCAAAGCAAACCAGCAGCUGGCAGGAGUUGUUAGAGAGUCUAGCUCUCACCUUCCCGUAGAUGUCGAAGUGUUUGGCCGGGAUGAGGUCAAGGAGUUGAUCCUGAAGGUAAUUAUUGGAUCCUCAUGGCAUGAUCAUGCAGGAUCCGACAGUGGAACUGGAAAAAUAAGAGCAGCUAGGCACAACAUUCUUGUUCUCCCAAUAGUUGGUAUGAGCGGUAUGGGGAAGACAAUACUUGCCCAAGUCAUCUACAAUCAUGCCAAGGUGAAGGAGCACUUUCAGCACAGAGCUUGGGUCUAUGUUUCAGAGCAUUUCAGCUUCAAAAGAACUUUGCAAGAGAUCCUGCGUUCCUUCAAUGGAUACGAAAACAUGGAUUUGGAUAGCGGUGAUAGCAUGGAAGUCACCAUUACAAAGCUCCGUAGCAAGCUCUGUGGAAAUAGGUUCUUUCUGGUGCUAGACAACGUAUGGGCCGAGAUGUGCCAGGAAUGGAGCACCCUUCUCACUGCAUUAUCCGACGAGGCACGUCAACAUGGCAGUGUUCUCCUCGUCACAACUCAGAGCCAAAGGGUUGCACAAAUUGUUGCCACGAUAUGUCCUGUAUAUCUGAAAGCGUUGCCAUGGGAGAGCUUCUGGCCUCUCUUUCAGUACCAUGCAUUCGGAGGUGUGGAAGUUGCCCAAAAAGAAGACAACCAAAACAUGCUAUUGAUUGGUGAAGAGAUCGCAAAGAAGCUAGAUGGAAUGCCUUUAGCAGCGAAAGUAAUAGGAAACCUGCUGAGAUGUAGAUUCUCCUGGGAUAACUGGAGAAGAGUUGCCAACAGUGACUGGUGGAACUUGGGUGAAGCUUUGCAGGGCAUUCUACCCUACCUCAGGGUCAGUUACCAGCACCUGUCACCAAAAGAAAGGCAAUGUUUUGCCUUCUGCUCGAUAUUUCCUAGGAACUACCUGUUCGACAAGGACAGGUUGGUUCAAAUGUGGAUUGCUCACGAUUUCAUUCAGAGCAACGACGUCCCAGAUGGUAUGAGGCUGGAAGAUGUUGGGAGGCAGUGUUUCGAUGAUCUUUUGGACAGGUCCUUGUUCCAACCAACAUUUGUCAGCAACAAGUAUGUCAUGCAUGAUUUGGUACAUGGUUUAGCAAUCGUCAUUUCUCUGCACCAAUGUUUCCUCCAUGGAGAAAGAUCAGGGGGAGCUUCGUCCUCAGCACCGGAAAAUGUUCGUCACUUAGCCCUGCAGAUUGGUAGCCUCGAACAAUGCCAGGAGCUGCACAAGUACAGAAAUCUGCGCACUCUCCUACUAUUUGGUCGUUUUGAGAGUGAUGCAACUUUUUCCCUCCUUGAUGGCGUGCUAGGAAACUCACCAGGUCUCCGUGUGCUGGACUUAUCGUAUGUCGAAGCUCCAGGGAAGGGAUGGCCUAGUGAUGCUAGGGGGCUGAGGAAACUGCGAUUCCUUGAUCUUUCAUUUACAAGGAUUGCAAGGUUUAAGGAUCUCCCCAGCAAUCUCCAAGUUUUGCAUCUUCGCGGAUAUGACGCUGACUGCUUGCCACAAAGCAUUACCAAACUGACCAACCUGAGGCAUCUUUACGUAGAUGAUUCAGCGCUCUCCAAGAUUCAAGGUAUUGGACGGCUAACUGAACUUCAAGAAUUGGAUAGCUUCAUUGUUCGAAAGGGGCAAGGAUUUAUGAUACGAGAGUUGAAGAACAUGCGAGAGCUCACGGUGCGAUUGUGCAUCCGCGGCAUCGAGAAUGUGAGAAGCAAGGAGGAGGCGAUGGAAGCCAGAUUGAUGGACAAGAAACACCUGGGCGCCUUGGUGAUCGAAGGGAGAAAGGUGCCCAAGUUUGCUCUUGAAGGACUGCAGCCACACCGAAACAUACAGGAACUAACCAUCAAAUUCUACCAGGACCAAGUUUUUCCUCACUGGGUGCUGCAGCCAGAUAACUUGGCCAAUCUCUUGCAUAUAAAUCUUGAAAGCUGCCGCUUGUUGUCUACCCUUCCAACAUUGGGCCAUCUCCCUAUGCUCAAGCUUCUCAGUCUAAGAAAGCUGCCCUCAGUAAAGCACAUCGAUGGCACAUCCUUCGGUUGUUUUCCAUCUCUUCAGGAGUUGGAGUUUCAUUGGGUGGAGCAAUUGGAGGAAUGGACAGAGCCAGACGCAGCAGCAGCAGCAGAACUUCAUGCUCAUGGGUCGUCGUUGUUCCUCAGAUGUCUCAAGAAGCUCCAUCUUGAAUCCUGCCCGUCACUGAGACAGUUGCCACAGCUUCCAUACUUAUCUGCAUUGAAAGAGCUGAAGAUCUCCAAGCCUGGAAGCUACGUUCUGGCAUUACCAACCUGUACACAAGUCUUGGAAUACCUCACAACGUUGAAGAUUGAGUAUUGCCACCACAGCGUUGUACUGUCUGCGCAUCAAUUCAAGUCCCUGGAAAAUCUCGAGCUCAUCAAAUGUGAAGGGGUACGUUUGGCUGAUGGCUUCCAGUGCUUUGGCAACCUUAGAAGCGCACGGGUGGAGAGUUGUCCUCAACUCUUAAGUGCCACCGCUGCCUUUGUCUCGACUGGUCUUGGGCAAGAAUCACAUGAGAAGAAGCAGCAGCAGGAGCAGGAUGCCAAUCUUCUAACCAACCUCAGAACUGAUGACAGCUUGAUGACCGGAGAUUACUUCAGGGCGAUGGGAAACCUCCCAUCACUUCACAAUCUGUUGUUCUUCGACAUACCCAAUUUAACACAUUUUUCGGAGGAGCAGGAACUAUGGUUUCAGCAACUGACCUCACUGGAGUGCCUCUCCAUUGUAAGCUGCUACGCGUUGCAACGCCUCCCUUCUUCCUUGGCUGCUAUUCCAUCCAUCAAGACACUAGGACUUUUUAGCUUGCACAAUCUACACUCCUUGCCGGAUGAUGCUCUUCCUCCGACGCUCCAAGAGUUGCAUAUCAGCCACUGUACUGGAGAUCUGAAUAUUCGGGUAUCUAAAGAUGGGGCCGAUUGGCCAAAGGUUGUUCAUGUUCCAUACAUCAAAGUUGACGGUACAGUUAUCCAAAACAUAUAGACUUUUGUACUGUGUAUAUGAACUGCUAAGCAAUAUCUCGUAUGACCAAAAAAAUGGCUUGUGGUAUUCAGCAAUCCAGUCAACAUGUUUUUUUCUCUGUCAUAUGUUUUCUUGAACAGGUCAAUUAUAUCCUUGUCGAAAAGGUACACAUAAUACAUAUAAGCAUGAUCAUAUAACUUGAAGUUGGAACUAGAGCGGUAGAGCCAUUGUUUCAAUUAUCGCGUACUGGAUCUUCUUAGCAUCUUGAAAGAGCAACAAAGCCCUAUUUGCAAUCUUGUUGUUUGGGUAUGCGCUGCUGACUCAUGUGUCGCUGCAUCGUUGACUCAGCCUAACAAUCAGUCACUGCAAAGAUUAGCAAUGGCAUUCUUGAUCAUUAAGCUUAUUCUUUUGGCAAAAGCCACAUUCCACUUCCAACGUCAAAUUCAUAAUAUCUGUUUGCCAUCUGUGAUUCUGUGACUCAUUACUGGAUGCAUAUUUCAAAAUUCCAUUGGUCGACAGUAUGUCUUUAGCCUUUUACUUAUGUCAGGCUCAUGUUCCCUGAUGUCAGUAUCUUCUUCUGCAAUCAAACCAGCCAUCUUCUCGUGUCGAGUCAACACAAACAGCACGCGUGUAUCAUGUGUGCAACCAGACCGAGGAAGUUGUUUUCUAAUUUCACAGGAUUCUGGAGAAUGGUGAAAACAAAGUAAGGAUGCCACUCACUGCAGAUUGUAGAGUAGCUGGUGGGCAGACCCAAAAAGAAAAUCAGGGAACAAAAAGCGAAAAAAAAAAAAGAAACCACAGAAGUACAGCAGAUGAAAACAUCCACGCAAUUUGGAACAGUUCAUGAACAAAAGUAACCCGAGGUACACCUGCAGCAGGGUGAUAGCAGACAGAGCAGCAGAAAACGAGAGAGCGAGAGACCCUGACCUUGCUAAGCAUUUCGUCGAGCAGGUUGUGGUCGACAUGGACGAAGCGAGCUCUGCCGCGCCGGGCACGCACCUGCAGCAACGCCAUGGAGGAUAGGAGUAGGACGGGCGCCGCGGAGUCUGGUGAUUGCUGCGUUUGCAGCUGACGCGGAAGAGGGCGGCGCUGCGGCGGCGAGUUUUGCAGGGUGCGGAGAUGCAGCGCGGCGCGACGCG